AUGAGCGUGAUUCGAUAUAGUUCCGGAACAGUUGCACGAACUGGACAAGGACGAAUUGACGCAAACUUCUCUUUGAAACCGAGUUGUGAGAUUUGCUCGGAAGAAUAUAGUAAGUUUGAUAAGAAGUAUAAAUAUGACAAAAGCUGUUUCUUUAUUUCAGACGAGGCUGAGCGAGUUCCAAAAUUACUUCAAUGUGGACACACAUUUUGCUUGGCAUGCUUGAAACGAGGAGUCGAUACGAAGUUAGUUAUCUAAUCCUCUCACCCAAAUAUUAAUCGUUCUAUUUUUACAGCAAGUUUUCAUAUUCUGCUGAUGCUGAGGUGUUUCGCUCGUUUGCAUGUUUUAUGUGUAGAGCACAAACUCCACUCAAUAUGGAUAGGCAAGAUUUCGGUUUUCCUACAAAUUUUCAAUUAAUGGAAAUACUGAAGCCGAGCGAUUCAAGAAGUUUGAAAUGUACUGAUUGUCUUAUUGACUGUAAUGAAUUGAUGCUUCAAGUUUGCCGUGAUUGUACUUUGGAGAGGGACAAUUUCGAUUUUGCUGAAAUCCAUCUUGAUGAAGUAAGUCUAAUUAUUAUUGAAUUAAAAACACGUGAGAAAUAAAAAACUAGGUCAAGUGAUGUGGAUUUAAAAACAGUAUAGGUAGCCAUGUCGUCAGUCGCGAUGCGGUUCUGCGUUGCGUGUUGACCUCGAUAUUUUCCAUUGAAUUUGCCAAAUUUUCAUUUCUAAAAACGUGUCGCUCACACGCAUCGCGACUGACGACAUGGCUACCUAUACUGUUUUUAAAUCCACGUCACUUGACCUAGUUUUUUAUUUCUCACGUAUUUUUAAUUCAAUAAUAAAUAAAUAUUAAUUAGAAUUAUCUUUUCAUUUUCAGAAUGUUGUCGAUCCAGAUCAAUUUGCAAUUUGUUCAACAUGUGUCCUCAAAAAACAUUCAAAACAUUCAUUUGCUGACUUUUAUCCAAUCAGAAGAUAUUGGAUUUUCAAGAAAAUUUUACGCGAUGUGAAUGUUUCGAAGGCGACUUAUGUGAAGUGUUUUUCUGAAACACGUGAAGUUUUGAAUAAAACUCCGAACUUGUUACAAAAACUGGAAGAUGUAAGAUUUACUUAUUUUUUAUCAAGUUUAUUAUCAAAAUUUUAGGAAGCAACAAGAAUGGUUGAAAUCAUGUCUCGCGCAAAAUCAAGUCAUCAAUUGAAACACAUGGAAAAACGUUUCGAAGAUGAAAUGAAACGAAUUGUUGCAGCUUCGAAUUGUGUUAAAGAAGGAUUGAGGAAAAUACACUGUGAAAUCCAGAAUAACACAGCUUCAUUGAGAGAGGAAAAUGAUAAUUUGAAUGGAAAUGCUUGUCAUCCAAGUGUUCCAGAUAUUCUCGAUAUUUUAAAAGUUUUCAAUAAAACAGAGGUUUGUAAAACAAAAUAUCGAACUUGGUUUAAUAAUCUCAGUGUUGUUACAGGAACCAAUACCCGAACCAGUUGAAGUUGAAAUCUAUCAAACAGAAACUACACGAUCUGCUGGUACACCAUUCAUGUUCUUCUUGUUCAUCUCAAAUAUUUUUGAGUUGAUCUGGUUGAGCACAUCGUGGUUCAUUGGAUUUACACUUGGCGAACUCAAAAAAAUUAUCGAGAAACAUAACAAAGAAUUGAAAAUUGGUGAGUUGUAUUUAUCCUCAAAUGAAUAUUCAAACUGAAACUAAUCUAAUUUUAUAGGAACAACAACAAUUGAUCCGAAGUUUUUCAUUGUUCCGGUAUUUUCAACUCUCAUUGUUACAAUGCUUUUGAUUCUUCUCAAACUUAUCUUCUAA